GAGGUACUAUAUAUAAUAUCCUUUCUCUCUGAGGGCCACCUUGACUUACAUGUGGAGCCAUGAGCUGCCUGCAUUGAUGAUUAACUCCAUCAGAUUCCACGCAGGGCCAGGCGCACCUCUCAAAUCUCCAGGAAGUGUUUCCAGCAACACCAUGACAGUAAGUAAUAAUUGCAUUAUUAGAUUUGGCUCCUGCACACCAGGAGCUGUGGGCCCCCUCUUAUCAGAGGAGCGCUUUAUUAGAGGCGAUGCCCGAAGGGGGAGGGGCCACUCUUUCUUUUCCUGUCGGGGUAUGGUGAUAGAUAAGUAUAAGACCCCCUGCAAGAAUGCGAUCACAUUGGCAAAAACAAGUCAUUGUGUUGCUUUGCCUCGGUCGAGUCAGCGCCAACAUGCAGCAGCUCAUCCUGCCCGCUCUCCUGGCAUCAUUCUGGACACUGUGCACAGGAGCAGGAGAUUGGUGCUAUCAGUCCCAGUUCAGCUGUGAUCAUCAGUGCAAUGCGCCAGACAAGUGGAACCACGCCCACAGCGACUGUGAAGGAAAAUACCAGUCGCCCAUCAACAUCGUCACCAGAAAGACUUCGAAAGACGAGCGACUGACUCCUUUUCAGUUCGACAACUACCAGCAGACCUUCAGAGGCACAAUCAAGAACAAUGGCCACUCGGUCCAGGUUGGAGUUCCUCACCUGAGCACCGUCUCAGAUGGAGGCCUGCCGACCAGCUACAAGGCGGUGCAGUUCCACCUGCACUGGGGCGACAACGGAGGACCCGGCUCAGAACACACCAUUGAUGGGGAGCAGUAUCCCAUGGAGCUGCACAUUGUACACAUGAAGCACCAUUACACUGAUCUGAUAACAGCCCUAUCAGACCCAGAGGGAGUUGCAGUCCUCGGGUUCUUCUACGAGAGGUCCAAUAGUGCAAACCGAAAGUAUGACCCCAUCAUCAACGCUCUGCAAAGCAUCAAAGCUACAAAUGGAAAUACUUCUCUAAUUCCCAUGUCCCUGGCACAACUAAUCCCAGCUGAGCAGAAUCUGACCACUUAUUACCGCUACAAGGGCUCUCUGACCACCCCAGGGUGCACUGAGGCUGUGAUCUGGACUUUGUUUGAGAAUCCCAUCCCUCUGAGCAUGGCACAGCUGCGGGUGUUCUCCGAGCUCAAGUUCCACGACGAAAAGCAGAUGGUGGGGACCUUCAGACCGGUCCAGCCCCUGAACGGUCGGCAGGUGUUCCGGUCGGGAGGUGCAGUGAUCCUGGCCAGCUCCGUCCUCCUCAUGGCCGCCAUUGCCACGGCCUUGGGUCUGUCCCAACCCAACUAGAGGGAGGCAUCCCGUGCUGCACUGCGACAUCCAUGAACACAAUAAGUUCUGUAUCACUCCUUAGCUGAACCCUGGUUUAUAACUUCCUCAUCGCAUGGUUGCUAAGAUGUUCAACCACGUCGUAGUGCAGGCAUGACUCACAGUUUUCCGCCCUUACAACACAAAUGACAAAGGCGUUUGAGGAACGUCUUAUGAAUGGUGCUGUAAGGGUUCGAUUAGCAUUCAUGCAUGUGCAGUGAAGUCUUAUUUCAGCAUUAUGAAUGUGCCAUAAAACAGAUUACCAACCACUCAAGAUAUGAACUAAAUUCAAACUCAACACCAGAUCACUCACUCAUGCCCUCAUUUUUCACUGCGUCAUCCUACACAGCAUAGACUCGCACACUCGUUACCCUCCAAUGUCCAAUGUCAGGUAAAUUUAGUCUCUGCUUCAUGCUAAUGCGAGUCGCUGAUGAUGUGCCAAUGUCAGCCCCGUGACCUGCACGUGAUGUGCAGUUCUCAAUGGGGCGUGUGAACGGCAUGGAGCUAUUAAUAGCAGAACUGAGUUGAAUAAACACGCUCCAUUUCAAAGCCAGCGGUCAAAGGAGUCAGCAGUUUGGCUUUCUUUCAAAGUCCAGGAGCACACAGCGCGGCCGUCAGGUGAACCCCAGGCAGCCACUCAGUCAGCAGUUGGCCUGGGAAGGGGGGGGGUUGUGGUGUGAGGUCUUGCCUUUCUCCGAAUCCAGUGUCAUGAGCAGAGCUGCAGUCUAUCUUGUUCAAGAGUCAGAGGCCCUGUUCACACCUGGCAUUAACAUGCACACGUCGUGGUCAGCUCACACCAACGACAGCAUCAAGAAGCAUGACACACGCAUGGUAUUACAUCCUUGCACGUGCCACUUCUCGCAUGUUUUUCCGUGAAAACCGCGAUCUAACGACUUUAAAAGUUGUGUAGAGUUAACUUGUCUUAAAAGAAUGUGGUCUGAGCGAUUGGAUCUCAAAGCGUCCUCAUUGCAUGUUGGGUACAUUCACACCUGUACUUAAAGCUGUUUACUUAUCACUGGAUCACCCAAAAUGCAUGUUAAGGCCAGGUGUAAACAGGGCCUUUACUGAACCCUGAGACAAAGAUGAAGCUGCAGAGAUGCUAAUGCUAAUAAAGUGAGGGACAGCCUGGUUUCAGAGAGAGGGGGGGAGCAUCUGCAGCACCAGGAGACAGCAACACUUUUGAGAAUCAACCUGCAUCUAAACUCUUCUUUUUAAACCAACAUCAUUAUUUUCAUGCAUCUCAAACACUUGCAUGACUCUGCAUGUCUGAUGUCCCAGAUGUUCAUAAUGAGCUGCGUGUACAUGGCUGCUGGAGAAAAGCUGCGCACGCACAAAACCGUGCUUGACAAAUUCAUAAACACACCUCAGGCACUCCAUUUCACAUUUUUGACCCAUGAAGUUCAGUGAGCUUAUCUUAAAGAACAUGUGACUGUGUUCAUGGCUUGUAUUACAGGGUCUCAGAUGCACUGAAUGUUAUUGACUGUGAAUUACACCCCACUGAGUUCUCACUCAUUUAUUCAGGAGGACUCGUCUAGUGAGAGAUCUGUGCAAUUUUCCAGCAAGAAUUUAUUGAGCAAGGAAUCUGUAUAUUUUCCAUUGUUUCAUAAGGCAUCAAGUUAUCUUACUAUGCUGUGUCAUUGUACGCAGUAUGUAUUUAUGUACUGAAUGUGUAUAUUGAUAUGAGAUGCACAGUUAUUGUUAUUUAUGUAUUGCAAAGUUUAUAUAUGAAUGCAAACCCAUAUAUGAAGCAUCAACUUGUCCAUGACCAAUCGAGUUUACUUAUGAUGUCCAAGUGUAUGAGAUUGUAAGGUUGUAAUGCUUGACAGUGUCAUAAAUAAUAUGGAGAAUGUGUUCCGACUGAACAAAAUAAUAAAAUACUUACAUGCC